AGUUCAGACUAUUCCCCUGCUUUGCGUCACUGUGAAGGCAGACGUUUACACACUUCUACACAUUGGGAAUUUGUAAAGUCUACAAUGUGUCGCCUCUGCAACAGCCUCAUCGAGGCAAUUACUCAAUAAGUUUGUUGAGACGACAAGGCUACUUAACAGCAGUCGCCACAACAAGUACCUUUAAUUAAAAAAAGCAAUGGCCAAUAUCUCUUUCUAAUUUUAUGACAUUGAUGGUUGCAAUCUCUCUCCAUUACCGCUAUCGCUGCCUCUUCUCGAUUAGUCGUUUUUGAUCGAUUAACCUCACUCCGAGUCUCUUCUACUUCAUUUCUCAUUCGUUUUCCAAAUCUCCGCGACGAUUCCCAUAAAGAUUGUGCUUUGAAGCUAAUGGUGAUGGUGGUGAUUAUCUUUGUCUCACAGUUAUAAAUUCGAAACUAAUCGAGGAAACAUGCCGUCUCUGCAAACCGUGCUGCCUCCUGAACUUGCCAACAAUGCGAUUAGACUUUACCGCGAAUGCCUUCGAAGAGCUAAAUAUAUCGGUCAUCGGCAACAUAAUACAGAGCUUCUUGUUGAUAUGGUGAGGCAGCAGUUCAAAAAAAACAUGCUCGAGACAGAUCCAGGGAAGAUUCAAAAGUUGAAGGAUGAUGCGGCAAGGGGACUCAUAAAUCACAUACUAUACGAGUCUGAGAAGAUGUCUGGUCGUAAAUUCAGCCAGAGCUCUUGAUGUUGUUCAGAAUUUGUUGUUCUGAGUUGUUAGUUGGUGUAUCAGAUCAUGUUCUGGUAAAAUUGAGGAAUAAUAAUGGAGACUUAAUGGUCCCAAGGAUGCUUGUUUAUGACUUUUAUAUUGCGGGUGUUGAAACAUUUUGUUGAAUGAAAUUUGCAUACUUGAGAA